AUGCCACCAAAGCGUGUGGCUAAAGGCAAAUUGCAUCAGCUGGCUGUGGAACUACCAUUUAAGACCAUUAUCUCAGACUUGAGCACGAAGAAGCAGUAUUGUGUCGGACGGCAGUUCGCAACUGGAGGAUUUGGGCGCAUUUACACCUGUAAUGAGGUCGGCUCGAAGACGGAACUUGUCGUCAAAGUUGAGCCGGCUGGUAAUGGCCCAUUGUUCACUGAGUUGAAUGUUUUCCUACGGAUAUUCAAACCGGACCAGAUUGCACAGUUUAUGCGUGAUAGAAAGUUGAAACGUUUGGGAGUACCAAAGAUGAUCUCUGGUGGUAUU